AUGGCCGACGAAACAGCUGCUGCAGAGGCUCCGAUCACGUUCACGGUCAAAUCAUCCACAGAUGCCAAAUUUACCUUGACCCUCCCUCUCACUACUCUGGUCUCAGAUCUCAAGCAGAAGCUUGCCAGCUCUGAAUAUGCCGAUACCCCCGCAGAGCGUCAGCGAUUGAUCUACUCGGGUAGAGUCCUGAAGGACACCGAGACCCUCGAUACCUACAAGAUUAAAGAUGGCCAUACCAUUCAUUUGGUCAAGAGUGCUGCAAGCAACCAAACGCGCCAGAACACAGCUGCUCAGCCAAGCCCGGCCGGGGCUACCUCGGGAACAACCCCAACUCCAGCAGCAGCCGGUGUGCCGACCAAUCUCGCUGCUGGAACUGGCAACAACCCUCUCGCUGGCCUCACUGGUGCUAGAUAUGCCGGAUUUGCUCAGCUCCCUGGUGCUGGACUCUUUGGUCCUGAUGGUGGGAUGGGUCCUCCCCCUGAUCCCGACUCUAUGCUCACCAUGCUUGAGAACCCCCAGUUCCAAUCCAGCAUCAACGAAGCUCUUCAAAACCCCGCCAUGAUUGAUAUGAUGAUUCAGCAGAACCCCAUGCUGCGUGAUAUGGGACCCGGGGUGCGCCAGAUGAUGGAGAGCCCAGAAUUCCGUCGCAUGUUGACCGAUCCAAGCUCUAUCCGCCAGAUGAUGCAAAUGCAACGUGCCAUGGGAAUGGGUGGCGGACUUGGCGGUGCCGGUGGUGAAAGCGCAUUCCCCGCCCCUGGGGUCACUAACACUACUGCUGAGGAAAACCAAGGCACCCAACAACAGAAUACACCGACCAACCCAUUUGGAAUGCCUGCAAAUCCAUUUGGGGGGGCCGGGGCUAACCCGUUCGGUGCCCUUUUCGGCGGGGCCAACCCAUUCGGCGGCCCCGCCCAGCCCACUGGCACCCCUGGUGCAACUCAGCCCGAGACACAAGGAGCCGAAUCUACUGAUCGCUCUGCUUCUGCUGAGGGGCAGACUCCUCAAGCUCCUGCCAACCCUUUCGCUUCGCUAUUCAACCCGGCUGCAUUCGGCGCUGCUGGACAAGCGGGUCAGGGUGGCGCCAACCCGUUCAAUCCUCAAAACAACCCCUUCCUCCGUGAUCCAGCGCUAUUAUCUCAAAUGAUGCAGGGUAUGGGUGGACAAGGCGGAGAAGGCGGUGCUGCUGGUGCAAACCCUCUAGCGGCUCUACUCGGCGGCGGUGGUGGCUUUGGUGGUCUUGGGGGUGGUUUUGGGGCUCCACAGCCUCCUGACACUCGCCCUCCAGAGGAGCGGUUCGCGGACCAACUUCGCCAAUUGAACGAUAUGGGAUUUUAUGAGUUCGAGCGCAAUAUUGAAGCACUGAGACGGUCGGGCGGCAGUGUUCAGGGAGCCGUUGAGUAUCUCCUCAGCGGCCCUUGA